AUGCAGGGCUACAAGGUGUACAUUUCUGGAGAGUCCUAUGCCGGAAUGUACUGCCCUUACAUUGCCAACGCCAUGCUCAACACAAACGACACCACCUACCACCAACUAUCCGCCAUGUACCUGGGGGACGCUGUCAUCGGCGACAACACCCAACUUUACCAAAGCAUCCCCAUGCUCCGCUUCGUUGAAUACCACAGCCCUCUUUUCCCCUUCAACAACACCUUCCUCGACAAGAUCAGGACUACUGACGCCGAGUGCGGCUACUCCUCCCUCCUCGACAACCACCUCGUCUACCCUCCUAUUUCCCACCUGCCCUCCACCCUCCCAGAAGUAUCGGAAAACGGCACCGUUACAGAGGAAUGCACCUCUCUCUGGUGGUGGAUCCUAGAAGCCGCCCUCCGCCUCAACCCCUGCUUCGACAUGUACCACAUCACCGCCUCCUGCCCCCGUGUGUCUGAUGUUCUCGGGUUUCUGGCAGGGAUCCAUUACAUCCCCGAGGGGGAGAAGAGAUACCUUGACCGCGGCGACGUAAAAGCCGCCAUCCACGCACCAAGGAAUGUCACUUGGGAGGACGGCUCCGGACCGUCCAUCAUCCACGCUUUGCCGAGUGUUAUCGACAAGACCCAAAACGUCAUCAUCGUCCACGGGCAGCUGGACAUGGUCCUGCCAUCAAACGGCUCCCUUCUCGCGAUCCAGAACAUGACGACAGGCCCCUCGGAGCCGUUUUAUGUCCCUGAUACAAAUGUCGUGGGGGAGAACAAGGUGGCUAUUGGUGGUGAGGGCGUGCUGGGGAGCAUGGUGUCGGAGAGGGAGCUGACGUGGGUGGGGGUGAACCUGGCGGGCCAUAUGCUGGUCGAGGCGCAGCCUGGUGCUUCGUAUCGGCAGCUGGAGUACUUGCUCGGGAGGGUUGACUGCAUGAAUUGCACGACAUCUUUUACGGUUGGGCAUCUGUAUUACUCUGAUCAGGCACCGAAUGAGAUGGGCGAGGGGACGGCGCCUCAGAGUUGGAGUGAUCACAAGCCGGAGGAGCGCUUGUAG